UAAUCAUAUGUUAUGUAUUGACUGUAAUAUGACUUAUGCUAUGUUGACGUGUAUUGCUUUAGACGUUAGUUAAGUACAAACUAUUUGAACCAAUUGAUCCCAACGGUGAUUGACAUAUUUGACAACAACUAUGUUGAAAGCUGUCAUACUUAUGGGUGGACCACAAAAGGGCACCCGGUUUCGGCCCAUUUCAUUAGAUUGUCCGAAGCCACUGUUCCCGAUGGCCGGUCUGCCGAUGGUUGAGCACUUGAUUAAGGAGUGCUCUACCGUUGAUGGCAUGAAAGAGAUAUUUCUUAUCGGAUUUUAUCCGCAACAGACAUUCACUCACUUUAUUGACGAAAUGAUCAGAAAAUAUAAUAUUAGUGUCCGAUAUCUCCAAGAGUAUCAACCCCUUGGAACCGCUGGAGGAAUCUAUCAUUUUCGAGAUCAGAUACGUAUUGGAGAUCCAGAAGCGGUUUUUCUCAUCAAUGGAGACGUUUGUGGAGACUUUGAUUUAAAAGAGAUGCUUGACUUUCAUCGACGACUUCCUAACGAUAAGUUAAUCACAAUUAUGGCCACAGAAGCCACUCGACAACAAUGUUUUAAUUAUGGUUGUAUAGUCGAGAAUAAAGACAAUCAUCAGGUUCUUCAUUAUGUGGAGAAACCGCAGACAUAUAUCAGUUCAACAAUUAGUUGUGGAGUUUAUUUGUUUCAAAUUGAUUUGUUUUAUCGCAUCGGAGAUGUAUUUAAGAGACGUCAUGAGGAACAGUCAGCCAUCAGUUAUAAUGAUUCAGACGAUAUGCCCAAUCAUAAUGGUGUGAACGGAAUCUUUGGCGGUGACAACAUAAGUGAAUCCAUUAGUUUAGAAGAAGACUUAUUGAUGCCUUUAUCACAAACUAAGAGUGUCUUUGUGUUCAAAAUAUGCCAGCAAUGGUGGAGUCAAUUAAAAACUGGCGGUUCUGCCAUAUAUGCGAACCGCAAUUAUUUGAAAGAUUAUCGCAAAACAAAUGCUCAAAUUUUGGCCUCAAAUUCAGUAAACGGACCGAAAAUCGUGGGCGACGUCUAUAUACAUCCGACCGCUAACAUUGACGCAACAGCUACUAUCGGACCAAAUGUUAGUAUCAGUGAAGGCGUCAAAAUCGGAGCCGGAGUUCGGGUUAAAGAAUCAAUUAUAUUGAAAAAUGCUAUCAUUAACGAUCACGCACUGGUAUUGCAUUCAAUUGUUGGAUGCAAUUGUACAAUAGGUUUGUGGUCGCGGGUCGAGGGAACUCCAUGUGAUCCCAACCCGAAUAAGGCUUUCGCUAAGAUCGAUAAUCAGACGCUUUUUGAUGGCGACGGCAAACUUAAUCCGUUGAUCAGUGUUUUGGGUUCAAACGUUCAAAUCUGUUCCGAAAUAAUCGUUUUGAAUUCAAUUGUUUUGCCAUUUAAAGAGUUAAACAGAAGUUAUAAAAAUGAAAUAAUACUAUAAUAAUAAAAGCAUAGUUUUUUUAAA